AUGGAGUCACAGACAUCCAACACAUAUCGUGCCUUGUGGAGGGACAUAGCUGAAGGUCACUCUUCAGGAUCAAAACUUAAGAAAGGGAAAGAAAAAGUAUCGCUCAAAAUUGAAGUAGCAGGAGAUGGCAGGGAGAGAAAUUAUCGUUGCACUCUAAAUGAGAUACGUACCCCAUUGCUUACUGCAGCUAGCGAAGGCAUAGUAGAAAUAUUUGACAAGAUAAUUGAAGCGCACCCUCAAGCAAUUGAGCACCUCGAUAAAGAUGAGGAAAACAUACUGCAUGUGGCCGUUGCUCACCGACAGAAAGAAAUCUUUGACCGCUUAGAGCAGAUGAUGGUGAUAAGGAAAUGUAGAUUAGUUUCAAGGAUUAAUAUAAAUGGCUACACCUUAUCGCAUCAAGUUGCAGACAUAAAGUAUUAUGAAGGAGACAAAGCUGGUCCUUGUUUCCAGUUGCAAGAGGAGUUGGAAUGGUUCGAGCGGGUGCAGAAGAUAAUUCCCACUCAUUAUGUCCUGCACCGUGACAAUGCUGGUAAUACUGCAAAAGAGAUUUUCAAUGAUCAACAUGCUGAACUUCUCAAGAGGGCGCAAAAGUGGAUUAAGGAGACUGCUCAAUCGUGCUCUGCCGUCUCUGAACUUGUCGCCUCUCUCGUUUAUGCAGCUGCCUACCAACCCCCAGGAGAUCUUGAAAGUGAACGUAACACUGUGGCCUUCAAGCUCUUCACAGUCAUGGAUGUUACCGCCCUUGCGUGCUCCUUGACAUCUGUUGUCACGUUCCUCUCGAUCCUCUCAUCUCCUUUUGAGUAUGAAGAUUUCCGCACAGCUCUCCCGCGGAAGCUGUUAGUAGGUUUCUCGUUGCUCUUCAUAUCCGUGAUAACGACCAUGAUUUCUUUCGGAGCAACUAUUUUUCUCAUCCUUCAUUUUGAAAAGAAAGCUUGGACUAAUACUCUGAUUUAUACUGCUGCAUUCUUUCCUGUGUCUGUGUUUGCGCUUACACAAUUCUCGUUGUAUUCUGCAUUCACCAAAACCUUGAAAACUCUAUUCAAGAUAAUAGUGAAGGUGGUAAAUCCCCGGAAACUCAUUCCUCGUUACUUGAGGACCUCUAAAAGCAAGACUUAUUGAGAUUUAAUGUGAGAGAUCUCUUGGGAAUAAACUUUUUUACUUUUGGAUUUUCAUUAUGUAAUGGGCUUUAUUUAGUUCCCAUCAUGAACUAAAAAUGUCAA